AUGGUCGUCUCCGCAGAACAAUCUUUGAUGAGCCCAGUACCACUGCGAUCACAGACACCCAAAUCACUCACGCAUAUCCACCACUGCGUGGCUGUAAACAUCUUGUUGUCGAUCCUUAUCCAUUCUACGGAUGGCGCUUUCUCGGAAUCAAUAUUAGACCAAAUAUCGGCAGCUGUAAUUUCAAAGGCUUUGCAGAUUCUUCGUUCGGACGGCUUAGUGUCAAGAUCACGAGCGCUUGAUCCUCACUUGAUGGUCAUUACUAGGAACCAGGCAAUGAUAUCAUAUUACUUCCGACACUUCUUCACGCAUCGCUUCCAUCCAGACACGAUUGAGCAGACCUUAGCUGUCUGCAAUUCUUUCGAUGACAAUAUCGAGGGUAGCGAGGAAGUACAAGGAGAUCUUGCUGGCGCACUUAUUGCCGCUGCAUCAUCGUUUUGUAACAAUGUAAGUCUUUUAUUGGGCUAG